CUCGCGUUCUGGAAUGCCAUCUUCGGAAGAGGACCUCAGCAAGCCCGGACCCGCCAGGGCGUCCUCGCCGAGCGUCACGAAAGUCGCGGUAACCGGCGAAGGCGUCGCCCACGUCUGCAACGCCCUCGCCGCCAACAUGACUAAGCAACUGCUCCACAUAAAGGCUCCGAGUAAACCCGAGGACAUUCCGGUCAACAUCGCCUUUUCCCCUCUGGCUGUGGGCUCGGCUCUGUCAAUGGUGCUCGCCGGGACGAGGGGUCCCACGGCAAGACAGCUGACCGCCGCCCUCGGUGGAGCCGACGUCAGGACGGUGCACGAGCAUUUCAGGCACGUCUUCAACGAGCUCGGUCACACGGACGAGCACAUCACGCUUAGCCUGGCCAACCGGCUAUACGUCGACGAUCGGUUUCGGCCUGUGGGCGGAUACCAGACCACGCUGGACCGGUGCUACAAGAGCACCGUCGGAUCCGAGCGCUUCCACGCCGACCCGGAAGCGUGCAGGUCUAGCAUCAACGCCUGCGUCGAGCGUACCACGUGCUUCUGCAUAAAGGAGUUACUUCCGGAAGGCAGCUUCGACUACGGCACGCUGCUGGCGCUUGUCAGCGCCCUCUACUUCAAAGGACAGUGGAACACACCGUUCGACCCGUACCGCACCGUCCCUGGCGCCUUCCACGAGUCUCGUACGCGGGUCGUCCGCACUCGAAUGAUGUCGGGUGACGCGCCCGCACGGCUCAAUCGCUACUGCGACGGCCUCGUGGGGCACGCCGUUGAUGUACCCUACAAGGGCAGCGGCGGCCGCUUCUCGAUGACGCUGAUGGUGCCUGACCAGGUGGACGGGCUCGGCGAGCUCAUAGACUCGCUGACGCCUGACCACCUGGACGCUAUUCUGCGAGGGUUCGAUCCCGAGAAGGACGCGCAGCUGGAGAUUCCGCGCUUCAAGGUAGAAGAUACGACGGACCUGAAGGUGGUCCUACAAGCAAUGGGCGUCACAGACCUGUUCGACCCGCUCAUAGCCGAAUUUCCGGGCUUCGCAAUGAGCGAGGACGCCUCCAAGAAGAGCAGCAGUAGCAGUCUGCAGACCAAGGGACUAGCCCUUUCGGUUGCCAUGCACAAGACCUUCAUCGACGUCAACGAAGAAGGCACCGAGACCGCCGCGCCCAAGGACGUUCGGGUAACGCCUAAAAGCUUCCUCACGGACCCGGGUCGGUUCCGGGUCGACCGACCCUUCUACUUCCUGAUACGCUGCCACAAUCCGGAAGCGAUCUUGUUCGCCGGUUGUGUGCGCCACGUUCAGCCGCUUUAGCGGAAAUAUUUACUUGCGUGAAAAAUUAAAGCCGUCUGAUUGAAUUGCG